CAGGCUGUAUUUACUCUUGAUUGGUUAUCCACGGGGACCUAAUCUCCCUAAAGUUAAUAAUCCAUGUCAUUCAUUGGAAUUACAUUCCUUCACGUCUAAUGGUUGGCCUACAAGCCAUUUCAGACAGAUAAUCAAUUUAGUUUCUCACAAAGUUUGCCACUGCGGCAUUCAGUGGUGGCAUUAGGCUGAUUAAAAGAGUUGACAGUGUAGCAAUCAGCUGUGCCCAGAGAGAGUUAUGAGAUUUUUGAAUGGCGCCGUGUUGAAACUUGCAACUGUUUUUAUCAUGCAGCCAGGCUGAGAAGCCACAAAGCUGUAAGAAUAUGUAAUGCAAAGUGUUCAGCAUUCUCAGGAUUGGUCUUGGAGGCUUUGAUUGUGCACAAGCUUAAAAUGCAUAAAAAUGUACACACACAAGCAACAAGCAACUCUGUGUGUGUGUGUGUGUGUGUGUGUGUGUGUGUGUGUGUGUGUGUGUGUGUGUGUGGAUUAACACUGCUGCCUGACAGAAUAGGAAUCACUAUCACUAUCAAACUGCUGAAGGUACUUUUGCAUACAUUCAGUAAGCAAAUAAAAUGUAUUUUCAAAUACAACGUUGCCCAAAUUGCUGUACAAAGUGUGUGUACAGUCACGCAAACAUGUAAUUACAUGCAUAAAAAUGCAUCAUUAUUUGAUGCGAUAACAAUCAGAAAUAUUAUUUUACACUGGUAUUACCGGUGAUUGGUAAUGGGUGAUGUAAUAUACAAUCCUCUGCAAAAGUAAAAAGUCAACUGAAGGUGUAAAUUACAUAAAUAUCACUUACUGUACUACACCCUUUAUCUUACGGUCAAUUCUUAGUCAUACUGUGUAUGUGACAGAAUUUGAAUUUAAAGGGUAAGUCAGCUGUUACACGCAGCUAUUAUAGCACGGCGUCUCCACAGUUGGUUGGAAAUGGCAAAAUUAAAUACAAUUUAUAUACAGAAAAUUUUAAUGAUAUGAAAAUGCUAACAGACAAAUGCUGAACAUGAAAACGGGCAAACCCGAGAGCGCCAGUAGAAAAAUCAUACGUCACAGGUGCUGCUACCGGAAGAUGCUUUUUUUUUUUGCUUAAAAAAAUAAAAACGUGAAUAUCUCUUGUGAAACGCUUUAAAAAUAACAGCAAAGAAUGUAUUUGUUAUUUUAGGUCUUUGAUUAAAUAAAAUAAACGAAAUCUUUUUGUGUGGCGUUUUUGUUUUAUAAAUUGUCAUUAACGUGUUCUUCUAGUUUUUGCUACAUUUAUUUCGAAGUUCCAAACCGGAAGUUACCGCUGUCGCUGCCACUGGCUUGACGGAGGUUGUCACAGCUGGGUAGUUGGCUCGCUACAAGUUAAGCAACAGGGGCUGUCGGGAGCGAGCAAGUUGCUGCAUGGAUUUCUCGGAGCUCCGCGGAACUUACGGUUAAGUUUGCACCCAAACGAGCUGUUAGCGCGAUUCUGUCUGUGUUCAGUAAGGCUUUCGUGUGUGAUACACAUCUAUCACAUGUCGGCUGCUCUACGUGCUGAAACUUAUUCAUUGUAUGUGGCUGCCUUGCAACGUUGUUCGCCGCGUCGAAACUGCAGACAGCGGCUUUAAAAUUUGACCCAAGCGUCCCCGAGUCGUACCACGCCGGACACCGUGAUACAGCUGACCUGAAAACGGAGGUAGGUGUGAGGCGGUGUGUGCUUGAGCCUGCGGCUAAAAGGUGUGCGGUUAGCCAGGCUUCAGCAGCGUGGUGCUGUCUGGAAGUUUUUUCCACUCUGCGUCGCAGACUGCCGCUUUGCCUGGAUGCCGUGCCAAGUGCCGUGGUGGCAGUAACUUUACUCUCUCCCCGUGUCUACACCAAAACCUUCGCCGUAAACGUUUGGCGCUGUGUUGACGAGACCCCGCUGGUUUGACACAUGGAUGGAUGGGGGAGGAGGCGUUUGAGGACACCGCCGUGUGGAAAGUUACGAAGUAUUCCAGCUGGAUGUGGCAUUGGCUGGUAACGUUCAAAAGAAUGACUCCUGGGCUUUGGUUUUGUUCUCGUUACUCCUUUUUGAAUGUCUCGUGUGUGUGCGCGCGCUACAGAGUGAGGUCAUGGACCGUAAAGGCACUCUAAAAGCUGCCCUAUCAUAUUAAGACAUGUCUUGUAUGGACAAGUGUUCUCAGCCUGAAACAGAUGGGAUUUUCCACAGCUUGUUGAUGGUGACUCUCAGGAACUAGACGUGUGUGCUUUGAUUUAUCAGCUGUUUAGGAUAAAAACAAAAGGCUGAAAGCCUCACGAGCUUUCGUCUUUAGUAUCCUGUUUUUCAGCCAUCAUUGGAUUUUGAUUCCUCUACUUUUUGUUUUUUUUUUUGUUUGAACAAUGUUAUCACAUUUUUACAGCCCGCUAAUAGUAAUUUCUCUAUCUAAGGAAUGUAGCACCAGGAAAUUAAGCAACACUUGAUACCAAGUAAACUUCUUUGGUGCUGAAAGUUUCCACUCAUGUUUUUGGGAGGUUGUGUGAGUCUGGUUUCUUGGAGAAAAUUCAAGGUUCGGAAACCACAUGAGGAUGGCAGAGGAUCAGAAGGUUAAAGCGCUCUAACCCAUGACCGUGACUCUGCCGUCACACAAAGACCUCUUUCCGCUUCUUCGUGGGCGCGUUAGGUGUGGUAGUCACUCUGCCUUGGACACUGGACUCUUCUCUUUCAUCCUGUCACACGUCAUUUCUGUUUCUUUCCUUUUAAAACGGCAUCAAAUUAAACUGCGUCCACGUGUGCGCAGCUUAUUGCCACAUAAGGGUUGUGAAAUAGUAGCGGUAAAUUCUUACUGCUGCACUGACAUCAUCCAGAAGUUUGUCUGCUAACGAUCAGUGGCAGGCUGUCGUCACGGUUGACCGGCUGGUCUCAGAGCAGUUAUAUUCUUAGUACUUGCAACUUUCUUAUUUAUUUGUUGCCCCCAGGAAAGCUUUGCUCAUCUGCUCCACCGUGAUAGAAACGCUUCUCCAUGCCACGACCAGCUGGCUGUUCUCUAACUGCGCCCUGACAGUCUGAUAUCCCCCCCAAAGCCAAGCGCAAGAUAAUCGCCCACCGUCGAGGACACCAAGCUACUUAGGCAGACUGAAGGCUUUGCAGUUCUAAUCGCUCGUAGGCUGUUUAGCUCCGGCUUGGUGUGCUUUCUGUUCUUCCUGUGUGUACCUGGCUUUUCAGCUCUUGCAUAUGCUUUCAAAGACGAGUGCUGGAUUACGUGAUCCAGAAUGCUGAGAAGAGGAUGAAUCCUCCAGGUCAUCUGAGACAUCAAAGUGUCUUUGCUGCUGUCCCUUUGCGACAGUCCUCGGGUCCGACCGGGGCACCAUCUGCUUCCCCUCAUCCCCCCCCUUGUCCCUAUCCAGAUCCUUCCCCCCUUCCCUGCCCCCAGUAGUGACCAUCCCAGAGGGAAGGAAAGGCGACCCAGCCUCUGUAAAUAUGCCUGGAUGGAGGUCUCAUUGGCGUCUCGUUCUCCUGAACUCCCUGACCUGUGGCCUGGAGAUCUGUGUGGCAGCUGGGAUCACAUACGUUCCUCCACUGCUGCUGGAGGCUGGAGUAGAAGAGCGGUACAUGACCAUGGUGCUAGGCAUCGGGCCAGUGCUUGGCCUGUUGUUCAUCCCCCUGAUCGGCUCAGCCAGUGACCAGUGCAACAGCAGUUACGGCAGGAGGCGACCUUUCAUCUGGCUGUUGUCGAUGGGAGUCCUUCUGGCGCUUUUCAUUAUUCCUCACGCUGACGUCCUGGCAGCCCGCGUUGCUUGGGGUGGCCACACGCUCCAGGUGGGCUUCCUGAUCCUUGGUGUUGGGCUCCUUGACUUCUGUGGACAAGUUUGCUUCACACCGCUGGAGGCUCUGCUGUCAGAUUUGUAUCGGGAUGAGGAGGAUUGCAGCCAAGCCUUUGCCAUGUUCUCCUUCAUGGUGAGCUUGGGAGGCUGUGUGGGUUAUUUGCUACCUGCGCUGGACUGGAGUCACGGCCUCCUCUCUGUCUACUUGGGAGGCCAAGCAGAGUGCCUCUUUUCCCUCCUCAUCCUCAUCUUCAUCUCCAGUGUGCUAAUCACCAUGAAGGUGUCCGAGGAACCCUCUUGUGCCAACAGCGGCGCGGGAGAGUCGGGAUCUCUACUGGAGCCGGGGACCAGUGUGAUGGAGGCCGGCCGGUGUGGCGUGCCACGCACGUGCUGCUACCUGCUGAAGUGCAAGCUGAGGCUCCUCAAGUCUGGACCCCUGAUGUGCUUACUGAGGACAUGCUGGUCCAUGACGCCGGCCAUUUACAGGAGCUACUGCCACGUUCCACGGGUGAUGAGGCAGCUGUGCGUGGCUCAGCUCUGCAGCUGGAUGGCUGUCAUGUCUUUUAUGCUUUUCUACACAGACUUUGUGGGUGAAGGCCUUUACGAGGGCGUGCCCAGUGCAUUACCAGGGAGUGUGUCCAAACAAAGAUAUGAUGAAGGAAUCCGUAUGGGCAGCAUGGGCCUGUUCCUGCAGUGUGCUACCUCAACCUUUUUCUCUCUGGUUAUGAGUCGUUUGGUUCGGCAUUUGGGAUCCCGGUGGGUUUACCUGAGCAGCAUGGUGAGCUUCACAGUUUCAGCUUUGGUCAUCUGUCUGUCCAAAAGCGUCGUCUUGGUCACUGUAAUGGCAGCUCUCACUGGCUAUGCAUACGCGACACUGCAGACCCUCCCUUACACACUCACCUGCCAUUACCACAAGGAGAUAGAGGUCUACAUGCCAAAAAGAAUAACCAAGAGCAGACAUAAAAACGGUGUAACAGCCAUGCGGGACUCUGUGUAUUUGACUCCUGUGGAAGAGGAGGGUGGACUGAACCACCAAACGGGGCCUCCUUACAGGCACGCCUUGUUCAGCCAGGACAGUUACGAGUACUACCCCGGCCCGCAAAGUCAAAACGGUUCGUCUCACAGCUCCAACGUCCCCGAGCAGGACGAAGCCGAGUCGGGCUUUGAGAAACGCGGUGUGGGCUUGGACUUUGCCAUCUUAGACAGCACCUUUCUCCUCUCUCAGGUUUUCCCCACCCUCUUCAUGGGCAUGAUUGUUCAGUUUGCUCAGUCCGUCACUGCCUAUAUCGCUUGCUCUGCCAUCUUUGGAGCUGUCGCCAUCUACCUGGCCAGUCAGAUUGUCUUUGACCAAAAGGACCUCAGAAACUGAGUGAUGGGAUCGCCAAUAAUCAACCCUUCAGGUUCCACGAGUGGUACUCGCUGCACUACUGUUCCCAGAAAGCCUUUUGCUAGUAACAUUUUUUUGCUUUCAGCGACACUCUGCAUUAAGGUAUAUCUGUUAGCGUGUGGCGUCUGAAACUGGCUUACCGAAGAUAAAGUCAGGAGCCGUUUGCCGUGUUAUAGCAGGAAUUAUCUGCUACCAGAAGAGUCACCACCUGCUCAGGUCCGAUGAGGUACAGUGUGUACUGAAACCUAUUGAAUUCAACAGACGUGUCUCUUUAAAACUGUCACGGCAUAAUUUCUGUCCACCUUUUUCCUCAGGUACCUUCAAACAGAUUUACUGUACAACCCGUCAACCUCGAAUACACCAACUAACUUUUCUGAAUCGUAUUUUUUAAUUAUCUUAAGCUACAGUUUUACACAGUGCAGUCGGUUUUUGUCUUUGCUCACUCGUCUUCACUGUCACUAAGGCAUUUUCCAUAAUGGUCAUCUUACAUAAUGACAUUUAAAAUUAAAUUAGGUGAGUGUGGGGAGUCGUCAGUCUAAUGCAAGAUGGCAGAACAGACAAAUUGGUUUCUUCAGAAAUAUGCUACUUUAUUCAUUAAUUUGAGAGCCUUGCCAACUCUGUAUGAUCUCUUAUUAGACCGUCCUUUCCUGCUAAAUGUCAUCAUCUUUCUACUUUAUAAUCGACCUUUUUUCUGUCAAAUGUUCUUUCGUCAUUACACUUGUCUAGUCUCCACCAUAAGUAAACUAACUCCAUACGUAGGUGGGGUACAUAUGGGGAUGUGGUAGUUCUGUUGGGCCAUCAGUAUCCAUUUCUCCUCCUGGGAUUGGUCACGUCCAGGAGGACGAUGGCAUGUGGGAGUCACCGAAAGGUGAAAAUGUGACUCAUUUUCUUCAGUCACAGCAUCUCAUCCUUAUUUAACACCUAUGGGAAAUUUUGUACCAGUGGUAGACGGCAAUCGCGUGCACUGUCAGGGUGUUUCAUUCCUGCUGUAUAUUUCCAAAGAUUUGGAGCGGCAAUGCCAAGGCCUGUUCUGGCCCAAAGCCUUAUUAGGAGACCUUUUUUUCUUUCAGCAGUCAGUGAGCUAUACUCUGAGUCUCCUCUUAUCCCUCCCUUCCACGUCUAGUGCCAUCUUUUAGUGCUGUUUACUGCGAAUAUUUGCAUACAUUUUUACUGUAUAAUCCCUAUGGGAAUUUGUUAUGCAACGUGCUGAAGUGAAGUUUCUGACUGUGAUGAUUUAGCAAUUAGGCUGUUCAGCUGAAUGGGAAUAUCGCAUCAAAUGUCCUUUGUGUAGAUAAUCAAGAGAGGUAAUCUAGACUAGUGGACUGCUUAUCCUGUCGAGUAAUAAUAACACACUUUCCCCGUUGCCUAAGCCCCGUUUAAGUUUUGUUUUUAAAAUGACAAUCUAGGACAUCCAGAUGGGCUUGUUAUAUAAUCCCAGACGUGAACGGUAAACACGCAGAGUGAUGUCUUAUGGAUGCCCACGUCAUAGCAACCGUUCUGGAAAACAUCUCCCAAAAAGUUAUGCAGUGCAUGUCAACAUUUGGUUACUGAAAAUCAUGCAAGCAAGGGCUUUGAAGGCCGUGCGUGUUUGUAUGUAUGCAUAACAUGGAGGACAGAUUGCAAGAAGUCAUGAGUAAGUGUGAGAGUAAUAGUUGGUAUGACUCAAAUGCAGUUUUUUGUUUCUCCUCUUGCUGCACUGACAGCAAGAGGAAAGAGUAGCCUGAAUAAUGCUUUACAUCACGGAGCAUCAUCUUGGCCAAAUGAUGAAGAAUCCAUGUUUGUGUCAGUUCUUGCUGAGAAUUUGUGUUGAGUCCUUCUUUUCUGAUCCUACACAAACUGUUCAGUUGGUACAACAGAAGGAUCCUAUUUCCUGCAUGGAAGACCAGAGAAUUUGUCAUGUUGACAUUACUGCCAAGCAAUCGACUUAUCCUCCAUGUCUAGCAUUAACUCAAAUGUUGUUUUACAAGUGCCUGUACAUUUUCCAAACAUGUUUCGUACAUAUGUAUUUAUUUAUUAUGCUUUUAUUACAAUAUAGCAUGUAUUAAAACUAUUGGACUUUUUUUUUCGGCAUCUGUCACAGGUGCAGGGGUGAAGGCUCGUUCUGUGAAAAUGAAUUAUUUGUAUAGAUGUGUUAUAGAAGCAUUCGUAAAGCUGUAAUUUAUUUUAAUAUUACCCAUUUCACCCCCUCUGUUGGCUUUGGGGACACUGCAGAGCUCGUUGCUGAUGUCUGUUAUGCCCUUUACACAAGCGACAUGGUUUGAGUUUCCUUUUCUGUUUUCAUGGUUCAUUUAAGAAAUCGUGUCCUUUGUCAGCAGCGAUUCGUCGGGGUCAUACGUCUCAUCAGUGGUCAAUAAACACUUUCCGUUCACUGCAGUUGUCUGUAACUGGAUGAGUGGAGAUGUUCUCCUUGUAUUAAAACAAAGUGACUUAGUGAUUUAAGGCCAGAAGUUGUUUUUGAUUUUCUGUUUUAUCACAUGACUUCAGCUACUUAUUUCAGAGUUUAUAUCAUUUUCACUGUACACCUGUCAGGCUGUGUAUAAAUGUGCAGUUACCAAAUAGAUUUUAUACAAAAUAAAAGAUCUGCAUUUUCAA